AUGGCAGCAGGCAACCAGACGGCUGUAUUUGAAUUCGUCCUGCAAGGCUUCUCAGAAGAUCCCCAGAUCCGAGGCCUGCUCUUGGCCCUUUUCCUCCUCCUCUAUCUGAUGGCCCUUAUGGGAAACAGCCUCAUCAUCACAGCUGUCAGCCUAAGCCCAGGCCUGCACACUCCCAUGUACUUCUUUCUUGUCAACCUGGCCAUUUUGGACAUUUUCUGCACGUCCACUGUUCUCCCCAAAUUGCUGGGAAGCCUGGUGGUCGGAGUGGACACUAUCUCCUACCAGGGAUGUCUGGCCCAGCUCUUCUUCCUGAGCUGGUUCCUGUCAUCUGAGCUGGUGCUGCUCACGGCCAUGGCCUUCGACCGCUAUGUGGCUAUCUGUCGACCACUGCGCUACAGUGCCAUCAUGAGCUGGCGUUUGUGUACACUGAUGGCCAUGGCUGUGUGGACAGCUGGUGCAAUCACCACAUCCUUGCACACAGGCCUCAUGGCACGGCUGAACUUCUGUGGCCCUAACCACGUUGAGAAUUUCCUGUGUGAGAUCCCCUCAUUGCUGCUGCUGUCCUGUAGUCCUACGGCAUUCAACAAUGUCAUGGUGGUCAUUGCUGAUGUCUACCUUGGCAUGUUCAACUUCGUGUUCACCUUGGCCUCCUACGGCUGCAUCGUGGCCAGUGUCCUGCGCAUCCGCUCGGCCGCAGGCAAGCGCCGCGCCUUCUCCACCUGCUCCUCCCACCUCCUGGUGGUCACCUUGUACUACUGCACUGUCAUCUACACCUAUGUCCUCCCAGGCUCAGGCUCCUCCAUGGACAGUGGCAAGGUGGUCACUGUGUUGUACACAGCAGUGAGCCCCGCCCUGAACCCACUCAUCUACACACUGCGGAACAAGGAUGUGAAAGCAGCCCUCGGGAAGGUGACUCCUUUCUCUCAGUAA